AUGUCUUCAAUGUAUUUCCAAACCGUGAUAAAGAAUAUAAUUCCAGAAUUUUUUGUUCGAAAUUCAAACAUUUGGAAACCAAUUGUUAGAUUGUCAAACACAAAUUACGUUAAAGAAACGUCACCAGAACAAACUGAUCAAAUACAAAAUAUAGAUUUUGGACCAUACGUUGCAUCGUAUUUGAAGACCACAACAGAAAAUUUUCGAAUUAAUAUAGAUAUUAAAAAUUAUUUACCAGAAGAAUUAAGUAUACGGAUGUAUGACAAUAUUAUAACAAUUGAAGGAAGACAUGAAAAUGGUCCACUAAAUACUAACGUACAGCAUUUUUUACGAAGGUACCAUUUUUCGGAAGGAUACGAUUUUGAUAAUGCUAAAUCAUAUAUGACAUCAGAUGGUAAAUUAACAAUUGAAAUGCCAAAAAUUGAUACAACAAGACAAGAAGACCGAACCAUACGUAUACAAAGAAAGCAUAGUCAAACAAUAAAUAUAAAGCGUGAUAAUGAAACAUUCCUUAAUUCAAAAGUGUUCUUUCAACCAACAGAUACAAUUAAAGGUUAA